UUUAGAUUUUCAAUUUCGAACACCAUUUCAAAACAUCCGAUUUUGUUCAACUUUUCGCACAUUCUUUUCGGUUGGUGAUUUACUGAAAUGUCUAGCAAAAUGGGUAAUGGUUCGGUAAAAGCAACCAAAGACGACAACGAUAAUGUCUUCAAAAAUGAAAAACAGAAGCAAAUCAGUGUCCGUGGUAUUGCGCAGCUGGAAAAUGUGAACGAGAUCAAGGCUGGUUUCAAUCGUCAUUUGCAUUAUACGCUAAUAAAAGAUCGAAAUAUUGCAACCACACAUGACUUUUAUAUGGAAGUGAAGAAUGCGACUGUUAAGGAUCACAUCGUUUCGAGCUGGAUUCGCACACAGCAAUUGAGCUAUCAACGUGACCCAAAGCGUGUGUACUAUUUGUCAAUGGAAUAUAAUAUGGGACGUUUUUUGCAAAACAAUAUGAUUAACAUUGGCAUAGAAGAUGCGUGUGAUGAGGCUAUGUAUCAAUUGGGCUUGGACAUCGAAGAGCUGGAGGCAGUGGAGGGUGAAUUGCAUUUCAGCAAUGGCAGCAUGGGACGUUUGUCGGCUUGUUUUUUGGAUUCGAUGGCAUCGCUUGGCAUUCCAUCGUAUGGUUACGGUAUUCGGUACAAUGCAGGAGCGUUUACACAACGAAUUAUCGAUGGUGAACAACACGAAGACGUUGACGAUUGGCUUCGCUUAGGCAAUCCAUGGGAACGUGCUCGACCGGAAUAUUUGUUUCCCGUUCACUUUUACGGACGUCUCGCCAAUACUCCCAUCGGUCGCGAAUGGGUCGACACACAAGUUGUUUACGCUGUUCCACACGAUUUUCCCAUCCCAGGAUACAUGAACAAUGUGGUCAAUACAUUGCGACUGUGGAGCGCUAAAAGCACCGAAGGAUUCAAGCUGAAACUAUUCAAAAACGGCGAUUACAUUCAAGCGAUUUUCGAUCGAUGCCUUGCGGAAAAUAUAACGCGUGUCAUGUAUCCAACGGCCGCCAAUGCCACUGAAAAUCAAGAAAUCCGAUUGAAACAAGAAUAUUUCUUGUGUUCAGUGUCGCUGCAAGAUAUUAUCGCUCGAUACAAGAGCUCAAAGGUGGCACAAACCGAUACGGGUCGCACAGAUUACAAUAACUUCGCCGAGAAGAAUAUAAUCCAAUUGAACAACACAUAUUCUGCAUGGGUGAUUCCGGAAUUAAUGCGACAUCUGAUUGAUGUCGAGCACUACAGUUGGACGUCAGCAUGGAAAAUCGUUCGACAGUCAUGUGCAUUCACCAGUAAUAACAUUCUGUCCGAAACGCUGGAAAAAUGUAGUGUACUCUGCCACAGAAAUGUGCAGUCAUUGCGAAAAUUUCCUCAUAAGAAAUAUCUGGUUGCUGUACAGGACCUUGAAAUAUUACCGAGUCAAUGAAGUUAGCAAAAAUACCCAGAAAACGAUGCACAUAUUCAUAUGGUAUAAAAAAAGUAUUUUCGAGUUCGAUUCUAUAGUCGGGACACAUGGGAGCUAUACCGAUUCUCUUAUAUUUCGAUCGAAAACAUUCCUUUGCAUUGGCCUGGAACCGAGUGCAUGUUUCAGCUGCGUAUAAAAAGUCUUGUGGAUACGUUAUUCGACGCAAAAUUGAUUGAAUACAAUCAUCGUUCAAUAUGUUUAGGAUGUGUUUUGGUGAAUCUUGUGAUGGGGCUGUAUCCAUAUUUUAUUUUAUACAGAAAUAACCAAAAAAAUUUAUCAAAUACAACGUUGUAUUGUUCCAAGUGAAGAGAUCAAACUGGUGAUUUGAACUAGAUCAAUAGGCUGAGAACUAUCAAGGAUAAUUGCUGCUGUCAAUGUUGAUGUAUACACUGAAGAACGAGAAGGAACUGAAUGAUGCUAAAGUACAAAGGUCAUUUGGUGGUUCUGUUGUACGUCGUUAUUCUAGACUUUCUUCUAGUCUAUACAAUCACAGCAGGUAAAAUGCAUGCUAAGAAUCGAUUCUUGUAUGGCAACAACAAAGAAGUAAUAGAGUGAACUUUGAAAAAGUUGCAAACUAUUGUUCUAAAACAUAAGAAACAAACAAAUGGGAGAAUCAAAUGAAACGAACUAAAUUAACUUUCUAAAUCAUUCACCAUAAUCGAAAAUCAUAUUUUAUUUCAUUCAAAUGUUCAUAAAUGGAAAACUGGCUUGAUCAAUAUGAAUUAAGUCAACGAGGAAACAAACUGCACCAGCUGUGCCUUCGUAUAGGCUAUAUGGUCGAUCUGGAACGUUUGCUUCGCGAAUGAAUCGAGAUUGGCUUAAAAACUCAGCAAAUUUAAUGGCACGGUACAG